AUUCUAGUUUGCGUGGGAUAGUCCUUUUGCGGAAUUAAAUAGAGACUGUCGUGUGUUUCUUGUUAGAGGUCUGAGAGACUCUGUAUACAUACUUUACGUAUAUCUAGGUAUAUGUGUUAUGUACAGUAGACUUCCGUGUAACGUGCAUAAUGCGUCUCGUUAUUUGCCGCGUUCUCCGGGGAAUAGCGUUAUACCGGAGUAUGUACAUUUCUUUUUCCGAAACGAGAAGUCGGACCACCUAGAUGAACGUUAGGACGUCGGCUUGCGGAUCCCUGCGAGGUCUAAUCCGAUGAUCCGGUGGGUGGUGGGUGACGUGUCGCCCGUGUCGCGAUAAACCUCCGGAUCCGCCCCCGUUCCGGAAAGCGUCGCCGAUGCGACACGCGUGCGCCACUUGUCCACGUGCCCGGUUACGCACGUCCCGACGCUGCUCCAAGUGCGACCUAGUGGUUCCCCGUCCAUCGGCCAAAGUGGUGGCCGCGUCCCCGAGGAGGACCAUGAAGCUCUUCGGGAGGCUCUUCAGGGCGAAGGAGCGGCACCGCAAGCCGAAGAGGUCGAAGAAGUCCACCUCGAGCAAGAGGUCUGCCCCGAGGAGUCGCUCCAAUCGGGUACCGAGAGACGACUUCCUCUUCGGGGAUCCCGUCGGUACCACGAAGAGGCUCAGGCGGAGACACAGGGUGGGCGACAGGGGAUGGGAGGUGCACCACGUGACGGUGACCAGGGUGCCCGGAUAUGGAUUCGGUAUCGCCGUUUCCGGAGGUCGAGACAACCCUCACUUCACCAACGGGGACCCCGCGAUCGCCAUCUCCGAUGUGCUGAAGGCGGGACCAGCGGAGGGAAAACUGCAAGUGAACGACCGCAUCAUCUCCGCUAAUGGGGUGUCCCUGGAGGGCGCCGAUUACGGGGCUGCUGUCCGGGUCCUGCGGGAUUCCGGGUCCACGGUCCUCCUGGUGGUGAAGAGGAGAGCCGCCACGAGUUCCUCGGGGUCACCUGGAAACGCCGUCCCGCAGAGCCAUCGACUUACCUUGACCAGGAGCAGCAAGAAAGACGAUUUCGGGAUUGUCCUGGGAUGUCGCCUGUACGUUCGAGAGGUGACCAGGGAAGGGACGGGGGUGAAGCCAGGGGACUCCUUGACGCGCAUCGGCGGGGUGGCCGCGGAUAACAUGAGCCUGAAGGAGGCCAGGAAGCUAAUGGACCAGUGCAAGGAUCGAUUGUCGAUAGUCGUUACCAGAGAUCCUCCUGGGUCCCUUGGGAGUUGCCAUGCUCGACAGCCCAGCAAGGGCGACAGUGGCGAGUUCCUUUCGGGAGCAAGUUAUAGUAGUCAGAAUUUGUACGUGCCUCCACCUACGAGGCAACCUCCCGAAGAUAAAAACAACCUCGCUCCUAGAGGAAGGUCUCGAGGACCCUUGAUGGACGUGUCCUUGAGCCAGCUGGACCUGCCGGCUACCCCGACGGUGGAUCCUCCCAGACCUCCCCCACCUAGACCGGAAGAUUACUACAGCUCCAGAAGGCAGCUCUACGACGAGGACCCCCUCAUCCAGCGGACGAAACAACCCAUGCCGGAUCCUAGGUUCAUCACGUUCCAGAAAGAGGGAUCCGUCGGAGUCCGGCUAACCGGAGGAAACGAGACCGGAGUCUUCGUUACCGCGGUUCAGCCUGGAAGUCCUGCUUCUCUUCAGGGUCUGCAACCGGGGGACAAGAUCCUUAAAGUCAAUGACAUGGACAUGAAAGGGGUGACGAGGGAGGAAGCCGUUCUCUUUCUUCUGAGUCUUCAGGAACAGAUCGACCUCAUCGUGCAGCACAGAAGGCAGGAGUACGACCAGAUCGUCGCAUCUGGCAGGGGUGAUUCCUUUCACAUAAAGACGCACUUCCAUUACGAGCAACCGGAGAAGGGGGAAAUGAGCUUUCGCAGUGGAGACGUCUUUCACGUGGUCGAUACCCUGCACAACGGGGUCGUCGGCUCCUGGCAGGUUUUCAGGAUCGGGAGGAACAAUCAGGAGGUGCAGAAGGGUAUUAUUCCGAACAAAGCUCGUGCCGAAGAAUUGGCGACUGCCCAAUUCAACGCGACCAAGAAGGAGUUGAGUGCCAGCGAGAGCAGGGGGAGCUUCUUCAGGAGGAGAAGAGGUAGCCAUCGAAGGUCCAAGUCCUUGGGCAGGGACCAUUGGGACGACGUCGUGUUCUCCGACAGCGUCAGCAAGUUUCCGGCUUACGAGCGUGUCGUUCUUCGACAUCCGGGCUUCGUGAGACCCGUAGUUCUCUUCGGCCCCGUCGCCGACCUCGCCAGGGAGAAGCUCUUGAAAGACUUCCCGGACAAAUUCACCUCUCCGCAGAUGGAGAGUCAGCUGGAGGAGGGCGGCGGUAAGAGCACCAAAUCUUCGGGAAUCAUCCGAUUAAGCGCCAUCCGCGAAGUCAUGGACAGGGGAAAGCAUGCUCUCCUGGACAUAACACCCAACGCCGUGGACCGACUGAAUUACGCCCAGUUCUACCCCAUCGUCAUCUUCCUCAAGGCGGAGACCAAGCAGGUGAUCAAGGAGAUGCGAGCGGGCAUUCCCAAGUCGGCGCACAAGAGCAGUAAAAAAUUGCUGGAGCAGUGCCAGAAGCUCGACAAGAUCUGGGGCCACAUCUUCAGCGCUGUGAUCACCUUGACCGCGCCCGAGGCUUGGUACAGGAAGCUCAGAGAGCUCAUCGACCGCCAGCAGCAGGGUUCCCUGUGGAUGAGUCAGACCAAGCCGGAAGAGGCCCUCUCGGAUGACUUCCUCUUCCCGAUGACUUCACGCCUCUCCUACGCCUCCUCCCCGGAGAGUGACCUGGAGUUAAGCCCCGCACCCCCCAUUCCCGGCGCCCUGGGACCACCGUCGCGUCUGAAGAGCAGCUCCGACCCCAGCAUCGCGACGCAGGACGACACGGCCGCUCCACCGCCCUACACCACAAAUUACCAGGCUUUCGAGCAACACAAGAGGAGGUCUCAAGGCGGUGCCGGGGAUAGUAAAUAUGGAUUCUCCCUUACGGGACAGACGGCGGACCAGCCGGGACCACCCCAGUACCCUGGGGGACCCAUCCAACCUAGAUCUCCUCAUCAAGGUCCUCCGGAUCUGCCGCCCAGGGUGGACCGCAACGCCAAGCCUCCCGGUCAGCUUCCCAGGGGCCCGGGUGGCCGAUCGGCUCAGGAGAGGCUCGCCAAUAAGACUGAUUCCGUGCUGGACGUGGCCAACUAUAUUAACGCCACGCCCCACAGGGCUAACGCGACGUCUUCCUUGGAGAGGACGCAGCCGAAAGCGGGUAGCUACGACAGCAUGUCCUCCUACGAUUCGUACAACAACGCGAACGGGAGCGCCAACUAUACCGGGGUCAACAUGAACGCUUCUCCCGGAAGGCUGGGACCGAACGUUCCGGACGACCUGAAGAGCGGAGGGAUCCCUAUUUCUCCCAGGGCUCAUGAUCCCUAUAGGUUCACCAGGUCCACCGCCCAGCCGAUCCCGGCGAACGUCCAGGAGACCCAGGCCAGGACGGACUAUGCCAAGUACAGCCGCACCGGGGACUACAAGUCCGUUCCGACCCCCCAGGGCAAACCGGGAGGUACCUACAAGCCGGUACCACCCCCGAAGCCGAAGAACUACCGGCCUCCUCAGCAGCCCGUUCUUCAGGACGAGACCAACGGGGGGAACCUGUACCAGCACGCCAAGAGCUACUCCAUCCCGACGAUGCACGUCCACAAUGGGGCGGAGAACGGAGGCAACGCGCAGCGGAACAGCGGUCAGUACUAUUACAACGUGCCUCCACCGAGUCGCAACGGCGUAGGGGGCGAGAGCUACCCCAACGCUAACCACGGCUACAGUCAUAGUCAUGGUUUGAGCCACACUCACGCCCAUUCCAGCCCCCCCAUGACGACUCACUCCCACGGGAACGGCGCAGGCCAUGGACAUGGUCGCACCAACUCGGCCCACAAUGGCCACGGCCAUGGACACGGCCAUGGUCACGGGCAGGGUCAAGGCCACGGCCACCCUGCAGGCCCUGGAAACGGGACUUCCGGUCACAACAGGGAGCCCAGUGGGCUCGACCUGGCCGGCAGCAGGGAACAACGUGGCAGUGCAUUCGAGCUUUAUCGCAAGCCCUUGCACCAACACAACAUCAGGACCGUCGGUACGGUGAGGGGGGUCUUCUCUAGCGAUGGCGGUGUCCUGGAGGGGCCUGGGGGCGUCACGCUCACGGUGCCCCCCGGCGCUCUGCCCCCGGAUGCUCGCCAGGAGAUCUACUUCUCCGUUACCGGGACCAGCGACCCCGACCCUGACCGACCCUCGCCCUCGGCCGCUUCGCCGCCCAUGCACCACGGUGAGUUCCUGCUGAGUCCUCUGGUGGAGUGCGGGCCCCGGGGCCUCGAGUUCAGGAAUCCCGUGGAGCUGAGGAUACCCCACAGGGCGACCCCGGCUCAUCGGCUGGCCCUGAAGGCCACCGACUCGGAAGAUCGCACCGACACGGGCUGGCUCGACGUCAAACUACCGGAGCCCACUUCCGACCACGUGAUCGUAAGGCUGGACCACUUCUGAAACAGGAUCUCCGGGCGAGGAACUCGUCGCCGGGACCUCGGGAUACCGAGGUCUCCCGGAGACGACGAUCGCUCGCUCCAUGAGGCGGGAGCAUGGCUAAACUACCAAAUGACCGAUCGCGGGGAACGUCUUAUCACGUAGACACUUAGGUAAUCAUUACCUCGUUUAAGGAGACAUUAAGGAGGAACCGCGGUUCGCGAGAUUUUCACGUAACUCUCUUCGACGACUCGGCGCUCUCAAUUUCUCUUCCUCUUUCUUCUCCUCUCCCUGUGUUCCUUUCUUCUUUUAUUUUCGCGAACCCGUUCUCGCGCCCAGCACCACUGCCAGCUUCGGAUAAUUUCAUUUGUUUGUUUUUCCCCUCCCUUUUUUUUUUUUAAUCUCUCGUCCUUCUCUCGCGGGAACAUCCGCGUUCGAGAUUAAGUUGCGUCGACGUUUCCUCUGUUAAGCUACCGAGUGUAAGUAUCGCGUAACGAGUCUUUCAUUAUGUUUUUUUUUCUUUUUUUUUUGUUUUCAAUUAAUCCUGGACGAUCCUUCCUCGAGGGCUUCGCUCCGAGCUGGUGACCUCCGAUCGGCCGAUUAAGGAUGGCGAAUAUCCGGCGAUUGCCGGCCGCUGCUCGAAUUAAUUCGUGAUCUAUUGUUUGUUUUUUGUUUUCGGUCAUCUUAGUCAGACUAGUUUCAGUGAUAAUUUCGAGAUUACCUUUGUAUUCCGCGGCGGGGGGUCUCAGGAUCUCUAUUUGCCGUCCGUGGUCGCCGAGAGCUUAGAUCAUACCUCUCGUUACUCCCGACGAGUCCUUGCGCAUGGCAAGCUACGUCGACCGCAAGUUGUUUUAUUUAUGCGAGAGCGGCAUAAGUAACGACGUUUCGUUAAUCCUAAGAAUACCUAUAAAGAAUCUGUGCUAUACUAUACAUAUAUAACAGAGCUCAAUUGUUAACUGCGAAGUAUGAUAUAAAUAUGUAAGACGCGAGUGUUGAAUUUCCAUAUAUUGUCAUAAAAUAAAUGAUUACAAAGUU